AUGGCGGGAAUCAUCCUCCAAACCCUACAUCUCACUCCUCCGCCCACCAAAAUCCUCUCCUUCUCUCGCCGACUCUCGCCUUCUCCUCCGUCAUUCCGGUUCGAAACCCGCUCCUCCGUCCGAGCCUGCCACCAGAUAGAUGGUAAUGGAAACAAAGCGGAUAAGCCCUCCGAUUCGCUUGAGGGCUUGAAUUGGGCUAAACCAUUGUCCAAUUUCGCGGCCAAUAAUUUUCUCCCAAUAGCUCUUGUUGGUGGCGUGGCGUUGGGUUUUGCAAAUCCAACCCUAGGUUGUCUUGCUGAUUCAUAUUCUCUCUCGAAAUUUAGCACAUUUGGGAUUUUUAUCAUCUCAGGGUUAACCUUGCACACUGGUGAAAUUAUUGCUGCUGCAGACGCAUGGCCUGUUGGAUUCUUCGGGCUUGUCUCCAUCUUAUUAUUUACUCCAUAUUUUUCGAGGGUAAUAUUGCAACUGCCGCUCCAACCUCAAGAAUUUGUUAGAGGGCUUGCAAUAUUUUGCUGUAUGCCAACUACGUUAUCAAGUGGAGUGGCACUUACUCAGUUAGCUGGGGCCAAUACUGCUCUGGCUCUUGCAAUGACAGUCGUCUCUAAUCUGUUGGGAAUCUUGAUUGUCCCAUUUUCUAUAUCAAAAUUCAUUGCUGACGGAGUUGGUGUAUCUGUUCCAACUAAGCAGCUAUUCAAAAGUCUUGUUCUCACGUUGUUGAUACCCCUAAUAUUGGGGAAGAUUUUUCGAGAAUCUUUCAGAGGUGUCGCGGACUUUGUUGAUCAGAACCGUAAAAAUCUUUCCAAGAUCAGUGCAAUUCUCCUCAGUUUAGUGCCAUGGAUGCAAGUUAGCAGGUCAAGGUCACUGUUGUUGAUGGUUAAGCCUGCAGUUUUUCUUGGGGCCAUUGGAAUGGGAAUACUUCUGCAUCUCCUCUUGUUAGCCUUUAAUGCUGUUGCUGUUAAGAGCCUCGCAGCUGUUUCUGGUGGUAAUCAAUCAGAAUUUUCGAAGAAGGAAAAUGCAAAUGCUGUUCUCCUUGUUGCAAGCCAGAAAACUCUGCCUGUAAUGGUGGCUGUGGUUGAGCAACUAGGUGGUGCACUUGGUGAAUCUGGUUUACUUGUUCUUCCUUGUGUUGCAGCACAUUUAAAUCAGAUUAUUCUGGACUCUAUUCUUGUAAAUUACUGGCGUCGCAAAGAUCUGUUAUCGACGAACAAUGCCAAGGUAUCAUGAAUAUCGGGAAUGUGGCUCAAAACUGCACAAGGUCGCAUGUACAUAGUUACAUUAUUAGUAAUUAGAAUAGUUCAGUUUGAUAUGUUGUAUUCAUUGUUUGUAUCCAAUGGACGUAUAUGUCCGGUGCUUUGAAACAAGAAACCCUUUUUCUUUUUUUUUCAAUUCUAUUUCUCUCUGGAAAUUGAGAUUUGAACCACGACUUAAUAACCUUUAGAUUUAAUUUGGUUGGCUUCUCCAAAGAAUAUAAUACUCACUCUUUUAG